ACUUUCUUGUAAUAUUUUUUGAAUUAAUAAAUGUAUUUAAAAACCACUGUAGGUCAAGUACUUUCAGAUUAAGAAACGUGUUAAUGGCGUACUUGGUGGUCUGCCAAGAGAAAACCUCAAACAGUUAUUGCGACGGGAUAUCCAGGCUAUAGACGACGUACUCCAGGAUCAGAAAUUUUUGUUUGGCGACAAAAUGACAGUGACGGACUGUGCUGUUUUCGCCCAGCUGGCAACGACAUUUUACCUGCCAUAUCGACAGCUAAUCACAGACAUGCUAGAGGACGAAUUUCCUCGAGUUCGACAUUAUUUGCAGAGGAUUCGUCAACACUACUACCCUGAGUGGAAGGAACAAUAA